AUGGACAUGAAUGUGUCAGCGCGUUGUGCUUUGUUUUUAUUUCUGUUGGCAUUUGUAGAUUUGAAAAUAGUCUCUGCUGCAGAAACGGGAGGAACAUCUACAGCAAAGCCUGGAGUGUGCCCUCGUAGACGAUGGGGCAUAGGGAUAUGUGCAGAGUUAUGUUCCACUGACAGUGACUGCCCCAAUGAUGAAAAAUGCUGCCACAAUGGAUGUGGGCAUGACUGCAUUGCACCUUACACAGCAAAGCCUGGAGUGUGCCCUCGUAGACGUUGGGGCAGAGGGAUAUGUGUAGAGUUAUGUUCCAAUGACAGUGACUGCCCCAAUGAUGAAAAAUGCUGCUUCAACGGAUGUGGGCAUGACUGCAUUGCAUCUACACAGUGAAGCCCGGUCGCUGUGCCCUGCCCAAGGGGAACUAGAUGUGUGCCGAGUACUGUUACCAAGAUGGCCAUUGCCCCGAGGAACAGAAGUGUUGCCGGAUAUUCUGAUGCUACGCCUGCAGUGAGCCAUUGGAGCUUUAUUGAAAAUUCUUAUUAAUUUAUAAGAAAAUGCAAAUUAUUAUAUGUAAAAUUAUGUCUAGGAAAACAAAUGAUUUUAUGCAAUAAUAAAUACGAAAAAUGAUCAGAGCUUUAUGGAAACCAGACA